AAAUGUAGAAUGACCACCUUGAACAAUGCCGCUCAAGGUCGUAAAUAUAGUCUCGUUUAUUACUCCUAGCACUCCCCUAACACACAAAGUGUCUUCAGGCUAGACGCACGCCUACCGAAGACAAAACGUUACUCUGUAUGCCCUCAUAGUGAAUGUGUUACUAUGGAUUAUUACCAAAUUUCACCAAACAUAAGUUCUCCAGCCUUCUCUAGUCCGACAGGUUCUUUUAUAUCAGAAGAAGACAGGAUUGAUUCUGAUAUUGAAGCAGAUAUACUACAAGCUAACAUCGAUGAGAAUACAACCGUCAGAACAUGCUCUCCUGCCUCUCUGCAGUCAUCGAAGCAUAUGGGCACAUCACAAGUGUUUAUUCGCAAGGCCAUGUUGUCUUCUGUAUCCUGUCAGCUUAAGAAUGCUUCAGUUAAAAGUCAUGUAGGCGACCCCUCCUGUGUGUCUUUUCGCAAGUAUGUAGCGAUUGGGACAAACAAAGGUGUCAUAUUUAUUUUCAAUUUACAUCAAGUCUUGAGACUUUGUUUUGGCAACAUAAGUCCACCAAAUACUCCUGAAGCAAAAGCUGGGGAAGCUCAAGGCCCAAUAACUGUCUUAAGCCAGAAUCCAAAUGGAACUUUAUUAAUGACUGCGUAUAGUAGUGGUAGAAUAGCUGUUUGGCAAAUUCCUGCUUCAGUCUUAUCUGAGAAAUCUGGACAAGAUACAAUAAUGGGUCGCCAGUAUGCUCCUGAUGACGAGUCAGAUAUACCAGAAACAUCACAGAGAAACGAUGGUGGUCUUAACUCUAUUCAAUUAAAUUGCAACUAUGCACCACAAGAGGUCUCACUGACCCUCAAGAAGAGGGGUUCAGUCUCUUUUUCCAAUAACGGUGGUUAUGGGCGUCUCCUCUGUAUAGUCGACGAUGCUCAUGGAGUUGGUCAUUCGAUCGGUCUUUGUUGUUUUACUACUGUUUCCUCGCUAGCUGCGUGUGUUGACACCGGAGGAUCAGUGUUUCAGCUUAAGUUUACACAAGGCUUAGUUGGUAUGAAAGGCGAAUCUAUAUGUUUCUUUUCUGGAAGUCAUGGAGAAAUAUGUGCAAUGGAAGCCCUUGGAUUGAAUGCGUCGAAAACUAAUGGACAUUUUGAUUCAAAACAGUUAGAUGAUCAACUUAAAGAAGCUAAGCAGUCGAUCUUAAAUUCUUCUGCUCUUCUGGCUCUGGCUUCGUUUACCAAACUGAUCAUUGUACAGUUGCGUCCUCGUGUUCAAGUAUCCUACUGGCAGGUUUUGAAAGGACCACCUGCAUUCCUUCCCUUUUUAAAUUGGUACUGGAGUGCUGAUUCUCCUGAUAAUGCAUUUAUUGCUUUUGGUCGAGGUUCAGUUGUUUACAUUAUGCAAGUUUCUAAGAUUUCCCAGUCAGACAACACUUCUGUUACUUCUUUACGAUUAAAUGAUUCUCCUUUUCCUGAUAGUUCCACCCUCUUACGUUCGAAUACUUCAAAGAAUAGCGGGAAUCGGCUUGGUUUUAAAUUGUUAUAUUCUUUUAGUUUCGAACAAAACUUUCUCAACCUGAAGUGGAUCUCUUUCAAUCAACUUAUCGUUUUAAAUGAAUGUGAACAACUUCAUUUGUUGAAUAGUAUAACUGGGGAAAUGCUAGAAACCAUUGAUAUCUCAAAUAUUCAUCUCCGUCUUAAUUCGGAUUUGUUUAAGUUUCCGAAAAUUAGUGAAGCUCUUGCUGUUGCUGGGGAACGAGCUUGUAUGCAUUCCAUUACUGCUUAUGGAUCUCAGUUAUUGAUCCUCGGUGAAACCGGGUUGUACCUGAUAGCAUUGCGUACAUGGAACGAGAGUGUUAUUUUUCUUCUACGCCGUAAACAACUUCAAUUGGGUCUUAAUUAUAUGGAAGCUGCAUUAAAAUCAUUAACAUCUGUCAACCAAACUAAUGUUUCUUAUUUUUCCAAUGAAACAGUAGAUAAUGAUUACAGUGAAUCCUUAUUGUAUAAUCAAAUCCUGACUAUUCUUCAUGACGAGGUGCUUCAUGUUUUAUCGUCUCAGAAUGAUGAAAAUGAUAAUUGGAUAUCGGCGUCUUCAGUGAUUGAAUCAAUUUUUAGGAUAGCUUGCAUGAUUAAGAAGCCUGAAUUCAUUUGGUUAGAGUUAUAUCCAGCUGUCCGAAAUCUUCCCCAGUUAGCAUCUGCUUUAUUUAAUGCUACAUUUUCUAUCUUGAAGUCAUUGCCUCCGUUCGAACAAUUACGUACAAACUGUUCUCAACCUCUACAUGAAAUUAAUUCCAAGCAGGUUUUCAUUCAACUCCCUCCUGAUAUGAGCAAAGAAUUGAUUGAUUGGUGCUUACAUGAAGAUGAUGCGUUAGAGGCAAACAUAGAUGAUAUGAACUCGACGUGCAGUUAUAAUUUAAUUGAUAGAAAAGUUAGAACAGAAAUCUGUCUUCUUCGUUUACACCCAUCAUGCCUGGAUCUAAACUAUGCUGUUAAGUUGUGCUGGACCAAUAGUCUGUUCGAUGCCUACUUACAUCUGUACACAGAUAUUUUAAUGGAUUUCGAAACGCCUUUCAACGAUCUCAUACAAUACCUGACCAGUAGUUUGAACGAUUCCAAUGAAAAAACAGAGAAAUAUGAUCGUAACAGAGUAGAAAAAUGUGGACAUUGUUUACUGGUCUUACUUCGUUCAGCAUUUGCAGGCGAAUCAUUCUGUCAUCAACGUUUACCCUCACCACUGCAUCAAGAUAUUCCCUUAAAGGUUUUUAACCUUAUGCUCAGUGAAUCUUUCCUAAACGUAAAAUGUCCACUCAGGUUUUUAAAAAAUGUUAAGUAUCCUGUCUUGCACCUGCUCCUGAAAUACAACACAAUAGACUUUCUCAAUUUACUCACUUUAUCAGCUUCGGAUGAAUUUUUUGCCAAAGGACAGUUGGGCCAAUCAAGAUGUCAACAGCUUUACUACUGUCUUAUUCUAACAUCACUUUCACCAUCAUCGUCAUCACCUAUAUUCAAUAAAGAUUCUCAGUCCGACUCUGUGUAUCAAACAAAAGAAUUGGAAGAAUCUAAUUGCCAACUUUUGGCGUAUGAUGUAUCUAUUCCUUGCCGUGUAUUUAUCUUCAUUAUAAGUCAGUUUAGCGUGGUUCAUAGUAAAGAAGUCGAAAUUGAUCAUAAUCUUAUUUAUCAGCUAUUCAAAGGUAUUUGCGAUUCAAAUGAUCAAUUGUGUAGAAGUCUUCUGUCAGAAUUCGAAUUGGCUGUGAUUGAAUCAAUAGAAUCAGGCCUAUUAAAACAUCUAGAACAAUGUGCUACCUUGAGUUCUGAAAAAGGAUUAUAUAAAGUGUGUGAGUACAUUCAUCAAACAUGUGGCAAUAAACUUCUUGUUUUAAAGUAUCAAAUGCUGUUAUUAAAACGAAUUAUACUCGCUAAAGUUAGUAAUAACUCCACGUAUACAUCAAUUCAUUCAGAUCAUAAUGCAGUGAAAUUAGCUAGUUGCAUUUUUCAAUGUUUGGAGCAUAAUAUUAAUCGUAUUAACAAAAAAUUUCUAGUCGAUGACGAAAAUUAUGAUAAUCUAAAAUUGAUUUGUUUCGAACAGGCCGAGGUACUUGCUGACUGGGACGAAGAACGUACAUUAAAAGUCUUAUAUGGCCUAACAAAUGCAUCAAUAUCAGAAAUGCUUGAGUUAGUCAAUUCAUACGUCAAGGAAAAAACAUCUAAUCAGCAUACAACUUAUUUAAUUUUACGGGCGUUUUUCAAGUGUCGCACUGCAACGAUACAAUUGUAAACAAGUAGCUUUUGUCAACUUUACAUUAUGUUACCAAACAAACGUCUCUCUGUAUUCUUCACAUGAAUUAAACAAGAUGACUUGUUUUCCUCAUGAUGUCUAUGUGAAAAGCUAUGUUUCAAGCAUUCAACUACUCUCUUGUAAUUACAAACACUAUCCCAUAUACAUACAUUAGGUAUGAUUCAAUACUGAAUAUUAGUUUAAUGCAUAUUUACUGAUUUGUACUUUUCUUGUUUUACUACACUCACUAAAUUACUUCGAUAAAUCUCCUAUUGACUGUGAACGAUGUAAAUUUAAAUACUAUUUAUGUAUUUUAAAUAUUAUAAUGCUCAUGUUACCAUAACAGAGUUUAAUCUUUUGAUUAUACUUGUAAAUUUAAACAGCUCAUUUUCUUUUAUGCUGCAGAUUCUUUGAAUUCAGUUGUUCAAUAUUUGGUUGGGUUUCUCAAGAUUUGAUCUAUAGUUACAUCUGUUUCCUUGUUUUAUAUAACAGUUCUUUAGAGAUGAUUAGUUUAUUUUUAAAAAUAAUUUGCCUUUGUUCAUUUUUAUUCCUUCAAAUACUUAAUGUAACUUAUAAACUAAAUAAGAGAUACAUGUACUUCAACUAAGCUAACUGUUUGUGGAUUACGAAAUAUCAGUGUAAAAUGUCGUUAAAUCCUGCCAUCUAGUGCACCAAAUUUAAUUAUUGUAUCCUUAGAGUCAUUUCUUCAAUCAAUUUUUAUCCUUACUGGUAAUAUAUAUAUAUAUAUAUGACAAUGCAAAUUUGACACAGAUUUCAAGUUGUGUAAAACUAACUGAGCCGUAUGUUGUUCGUACGAGUUGGAAACAUUCUUAUUCAUUUCAGUGUACUGAAUAACUUGGGUACAAUCAUCUCGAUUAAAUAUAAUAUAAUCUCUCAUUGAAAGCUAAUUAAUUGAAUACGGUUUUGCAUGCAUAACUUGAUUUUAGGUUAUAUAUUUAAUGAUGUGAAUUCUUUUCGUAACGUCUGUCUUAUAUGUCAACUACUUGUCGAAAUAUUUUAGAAAGGUUAUUUAUAAUCAUCAUCAAACGACUAAUUCUGAAGAAUGUACGCCUGAUGAUUCAGAUGAUGAAACAACUUCAACCACCAAAAACUGGAAACAGUUCCUUCAGAACUAUGAUACCAAAAUAACAGAAUUAUUUAUUUAUUUGCUAGUUAAUUUUGAGCUUCCAUCUUCUGGUGAAUUGUUAACCUUCUUAGAAUCAUACAAUGACUAUGCUAUUGAACACGUACUGAAGGUAUGCUUGUCUGACAAUUGAUUAUUUUUAAUCAGAAUAUUAAUUCAUUUUUGUUUCCUUCGUGAAUUUUAUUGUAUCCCAAAAAAGGAAAUAAAGCAUUUUUGGUAUGUUAGGUUUCUAACUGUCAUAUUGUUCAGAAAAUUCCGUUUAAACUUGCAUUUUCUCAUCUGAUCAGAAACAAUUGGAAAGUGGAUAUUAUGAUUUCUAGUAUUUAUUUUAUAUGAUUCUAUUAAGUUUCCCCUCAUAAAUUCAUUUCAAUCGAUUAUCAUUUGACGAGACCUUAUCAAGAUUAUGUGUUUCAAAAGCAUUAUGACCGCUUCAAUAAAGUGAAUCCCUCAUACCUAGUAGGAAGAAGAAACCCGAUUGGCCAUCAAGUAAUUUAUAAUAUUAACUUAUUAUCCAUAUCUCAAAUACUACAGUAGUAAUGGUACAAAAGGCUGUAGCCUGUGAAGAAAAGCUGGAUUGUGUCUCAACCUUUUAAGCAGUUCCUUAACUAGUGUUGUUAACCCAUCAUCGGCUUCAUUUUUAUCGUUGGUGUUUCUAUUUUAACUCGUAUCAUGAUUUCACUUAUAUAAGUGUUCCUUACCAUGGAAUUUGACGGUUGGCAUGGAGCACGUCGACAUCAUAGUCUUUUUGGUAAGGAUGCGGACAAAAUUCAAAAUCGUUUGAACACCAUGAUUGUCAGUAUAUGUUUUUCAUAUGUUACCAACUCCCUAAAUUCAAAAAUGCUUUAGGAUUGAGCUACUUCGUUGAUUAAUUUGACGAUGAUGAUGGAAGUAUUGGGCGAGUUGGACACCUCACUUAUAUUUGUAGUUUCAUCAGUUCUGAUGGCUUGAUAUAUAGUUUAAAAGAUUUCAACGCAUUUAAGUAAAACUCGUUUGGCUUUUAGUAUUAUUAUUAUUAUUUCAACACAUAAAUAUCGGUACAAGAGGGCACCAAAUAUAUAUGCGCCACACCAUAUUUGUGUGUGUGGGCUGUGAUACUACCCGGGUGCCCAGACCGAAGCAGGUGGUUUUCUUAGGGGACCACUCCCCGAGCCUUUGACCUAAAGGUCUAAUCCACAAG